AUGACAGACGCUUUUGUCUCUGCAUCUGAGGAUAUAUACAUCGUGACGGGUCUAAUGAGGUCUGACCUACAUAGUCGCCUAGGUUUGGGGCCUUUAGAGAACCGAGUAACCCAAUUUUACCUCUACCAGAUGCUGCGCGGAUUGAAAUACAUUCAUUCGGCAGGUGUCGUCCACCGUGACAUAAAACCCAGCAAUAUCCUUAUAGAUGAAAACCAUUGCCUGAAGAUCUGCGACUUCGGACUUGCACGUAUAUUUGAGUCUCAAAUGACAGGCUAUGUUACCACGAGGUUCUACCGGGCACCAGAGGUGCUCACCGGGCAGGCGUACGGCUUGGAGGUUGACAUAUGGAGCUCAGCAUGUGUAUUCGCGGAAAUGUUGCACGGCCAGGUAUUAUUCCCAGGAAAGAAUGAUGUGAGCCAACUGUCGAUUAUUGCGGAGCUCCUCGGGCAGGACGAAAUGCAGACAGGAUCCACGAUUGUACGACAGCGGGCAUCCCCAACUGCAUACCCUCAACAGCACCUUUGCUUACAAAUCUCCCUUAGGAUCAGUCGGACAACGGACAAUUGUCACUCCGUGAGCGAUUUCGGGGAGUCAAGCCACAAGGUACAAUCUUGGGGGAGUGAAAUUUUGAUUGCAGAAUACUUACGUCUGUCAGCUUUCGACUUAUUGAGGAGAAUGCUCGUUUGUAACCCACGGCAUAGAAUAUGCGCUGCCAAAGCGUUUGCCCACAAGUACUUGAGUCCAUAUCACGAUCCUACCGGCGAACACAGGGAAGCAGCCAACUUCACCAAUUGGCCCUCCACUGACACAGACUUCCCAACGGACACUUGGAAAACAAUGAUGUAA